AUGGAACUUCCAGCGAGCCACCACGCAGCCUCUAACCAAACCAAUGCAACGUGCAACAACUCCGCGUUUCUGCACCUCGACUCUUGUCAGCUCCCUUCUCUCGUACUACUCCUAUUACUCAUCGCUUACACUGUGGUCUUAAUUGUGGGCCUUCUGGGAAAUCUCUCUCUUAUCAUCAUCAUCUUUAAAAAGCAGAAAGAAACUCAGAAUGUCACCAACAUACUCAUUGCUAAUCUCUCCUUCUCCGACAUCUUGGUUUGUAUCAUGUGCAUCCCUUUUACUGUCAUCUACACACUGAUGGACCACUGGAUUUUUGGGGACGCGAUGUGCAAACUGACCUCCUAUGUGCAGAGCGUCUCCAUUUCUGUGUCCAUAUUCUCCCUUGUCCUAAUUGCCGUCGAAAGAUACCAGCUGAUUGUGAAUCCCCGGGGAUGGAAGCCCAGUGUUUCUCAUGCCUACUUGGGCAUCACCCUGAUUUGGCUGUUCUCUCUCUUGUUGUCUGUUCCUUUUUUCCUGUCCUACCACCUCACUGAAGAGCCCUUCCGAAACCUCUCUCUCCCCACGGACCUCUAUACCCACCGGGUAGCUUGUGUGGAGAGCUGGCCCUCCAAAAUGAACCAGCUCCUCUUCACCACCUCCAUGUUUAUGCUACAGUAUUGUGUGCCUUUGGGCUUCAUCCUCAUCUGCUACCUGAAGAUUAUUAUCUGCCUCCGCAGGAGAAAUGGGAAAGUGGACAGGAAGAGGGAAAAUGAGACCAGACGCAAUGAGAACAAACGGAUUAACAGGAUGCUGAUUUCCAUCGUGGUGACCUUUGGGGCCUGCUGGCUGCCCUUGAACAUCUUCAAUGUCAUCUUUGACUGGUAUCAUGAAGUACUAAUGAGCUGUAACCAUGACCUGGUAUUUGUUAUCUGUCACUUAGUUGCUAUGGUUUCUACAUGCAUAAACCCUCUCUUCUAUGGCUUUCUCAACAAAAAUUUCCAGAAGGACCUGGUGGUGCUUAUUCACCACUGCUGGUGCUUCACACCUCGGGAAAGAUAUGAAAACAUCGCCAUCUCCACGAUGCACACAGAUGAAUCCAAGGGGUCUUUAAAACUGACUCACACACCAACAGGUAUAUGA